CAGAAGUACCUGAGAGGGCUCCGGGCUGCAAGGAUGUCCAAGGACCGCGUGUUCCUGGGAUCUCUGCUCACCUGUCUUUAUUAUUUGGUGCUGUGCUCUGAGGGUACAAACCCUGGGUUUGUGGGGAGAAUCACUAACAAAGGCCUGGAUUAUGCUCGUCAGGAGGGGAUUAAAGCCUUGCAACAGCAGCUAGCCACGCUGACGCUUCCUGAUUUCUCUGGGUCCUACAGAGUCUCAGUUCUCGGAAAGGUAGACUAUAAUUUCUACAGUUUGAAUAUCCAGAGUUUCCAGCUGCCAAGCUCAGCAAUCGCACCCAUCCCGGGCGUGGGCCUCAAGGUCUCGAUUACCGGUGCCCUUGCUGAAUUGACGGGGAAGUGGCAGGUGAAGAAUUGGUUGUUCAAGGACAGUGGCUCGUUUGACCUGAGGGUUGAAGGCGUCUCCAUCUCUGUGAGCCUGACGCUGGGUAGUGAUCCUACUGGGAGACUGACUGCCAACAACUCCGACUGCAGCGCCCACAUUUCUGAUGUCCACGUGCACAUUUCCGGCGGAUUAGACUGGCUCUACAAUCUCUUCCACAGAAGCAUCGAGUCAGCAUUCAGAAGGUCCAUGGAAGACAAGAUCUGUGAAGAGGUGGCUAGUUCAGCCCGUUCCAAACUGCAGCCCUUUCUACAGUCUCUGCCAGUCACGACAAAGAUUGAUAACGUGUCCGGGAUCGAUUACUCCCUGGUUGGGCCUCCAGUUGCUACAAACAGUGAAGUAGACCUGAAACUGAAGGGCGAAUUCUUUUCCUUCACCCACCGCUCUCCUGCCCCUUUUCCACCGCCUCCUUUGGAUUUCCCUGUGGAUCACGACCGCAUGCUCUAUUUCGGGAUCUCCACUUACUUCUUCAACACAGCUGGCAAUGUAUACUACAAUGCAGGAGCCCUGACUUUUGUGAUCACCGAUGACAUGAUUCCCAAGGAAUUCCAAAUCCGGCUGAACACUAAAGACUUUGAACCCUUCAUUCCACAGUUGAAGGAGCGGUACCCCAACAUGCCAAUGAUGCUCAAAGUCUUGCCUUCUUCUGCUCCAUCUCUGAUGAUCACACCUGAAAGUCUGUCACUGACUCCUUCAGUCGAUGUUCAAGCAUUUGCCAUUCUCCCCAAUUCUACCCUGGCUCCCCUGUUUGUGAUUGGUGUGGCAACCACCAUUUCGGCCAACGUUACUGUCAACGCUACCAUGAUCUUUGGCUCCCUGAAACUUGGCAGGUUGCAGCUGUCCUUGAAGCACUCAGAUGUUGGGUUCUUUUCAGUACAACUAAUAGAAGUUCUCAUGAACUACUUUGCUACAAGCAGCCUCAUGCCCCAAAUUAAUGCACGACUGGCCAAGGGAUUCCCUCUUCCUCUCCCAGACGAUGUGCAGCUCUCCAGCAUCGUCUUCCAGCCUCACCAGGAUUUUCUGCACUUUGGAGCUGAUGUUCGCUACGGUCAGUGAAGAGGCAGAAGACAGGAAGAAGGAAGCAGUGACCAAGAUGCAAUGACAAAUAUUGCUCUUCUUUCCACUUCUGCUGCAAAGUUUUGGACUUUGGAUUAGAACGAAAUCUCCCCCAAGAACGGACCUCUUGACUACCCUUUGCCCUCUGUGGCAAAUAGGGUGCUGCCUUCGUUCCUGUCCUUUCACUUGCACAUGGCUUCGCUCAAAUUCCCCAAGCAUAUGCCUUCAAGCCCAGAUGAAUGAGCUUCUCUGGGGGGUUGCUUCUCUUGGACAUCAGAAGUCGUGGAGUUGGAAGCAGCCUCUCUCUCCCUGGCUCUUGGUCCUUUGCACAGGCACUGUGUGGAGCCUUAGCUGGGCUUCAGCCUUGCACUGAAUGGGCAGCAGAGCAAAUGCUCUGGGGAGGGGGCUGGAGAACUGAGAGCUCCCAGCUGUGCUGCAGUGGCUGCACUCCGCGAAAGGCCUCCCUCAUUGGCUUCAAAUCACCCUGACUUCUGACGCUCACAUUGGCUUCCCUUUCCCUACCGACGGAGGUGCAGAUCCAGAUGUGGCGAUGGCUCCUGGCUUAGAUGGCUUUAUGUCCAUGGAGGAGGGAAAACUUCUCCCAGGCAUUUCACAGCAUUGAACAACAUGAGCUGAGUUUGUUUGUUUUAAUGGAUCCCAGAAUAGCUGUUUUUAAUAAGGAUACUGUUGUUAUAUGCUUUUUAUGUUUUUAAACUUAGUAUAUUUACUGUUUUUCACUUUUGUAAACUGCCCAGAGCACUUCGGCUAUGGGCGGUAUAUAAAUGCAAUAAAUAAAUAAAUAAACAA